UCUAAUAGUGUCUUUGUUUUGCUUUCAUACGGGCGCGAACACGCUAAGGGUUGUUCAGGACCAUUGAAAAAGAGGGGUCACCAAAAGUUACUUUACGCGUUCGAAAUUACAAGCACCGCGAAACCCCACAAUCCCACCCAUCACAUCCACAUCCACAUCCAGAGGUCGCCAGGAUGUUGAGCUCUCCAUCCUCAUUUUACACAGCUUUGGAUGCGCCGUCCUCAUCCUGUGCACCCUCAAUGGCAGAUAGUACAAAUGGAAGUAAACAUCUUUUACAGAAUCUACAUUAUCUCCAAUCAGAUCAAAUUUCUAAUGAAAUCGAGAGCCAUGUCACAGUAUAUUUCGAUGUUCAGAUGUGUAUGUAUUUUUGUCCCUCAUAUGAUCUAUGUUCAAAGACUAAUUGCAUAUUUAUUAGACAGCCAUGCCCUCACCAUGCUUUUAGACAUCCUCACUUCUGGCAUAUCACAUUCAACCGUAACCUCAAAGACUGCCUGUCUGCCAAUUCCCAAGUACCUACAAAUAGCCAGUACCUUGCUUGUACAUCCAAGCUCUACAACUCGAGUCAAGAAUGAGAAUUUGGUCGAGGUAGCCUCCCGUUCUAUCACUCUUCUGCGUAGUGUCCUUGCCGAAGUUGGUCCAAGGAAUGCCAAUCUUGAGAAGGCAUUUUCCUUUGAAUCAGGCAGCAGAUACACCAGACGGAGUUCUCGAGAUAGUGGCUCCAACAGUGAAGAUGACGACGAUAUAAAAGGACCAGUAUCCAAAAAUGGGCUGUGGAGAUGCGCUAAGGACUUUUGGCAGAUCGUGGGCUGGUCAUUUAACUGCAGCGUUAGGUAUCCGAAGCGGUGGAGAUACUGGAAGGUUCUUUUGGAAUAUCUGUUAGAUGUGCUAGAUGCAGAUUGGUACGAACGGAAGGCUCUGGAUGAUGCAGCAUUCAACGCUAAAGUUGACCAAAACCAAGGGCCUGCAGAGCUCUCUCCUGGUAAUGAAUCAGUGCAAGAUUCGUUACUAGUGCAAUACCUAGGAGGCUCCGGCAAUAAUCUCAAUGGCACUGCCGUGAGACGGAUUGUUAAGGCAGCCUUUGCAGACGGUUCUGUGCAAUCCCUGAAAGCAUAUCCGGAGAUUUUUGAGAACGAGACCAAAGACAUUAGGAAAACCCUGGCGCAAAAGAGGAAAUGGGAUGAAAGUAAAAAUGUCAAGGAAAUCUCAGAUGAUUACGAUGAUGAGGAAGAAGAAGAUCUCGCUUCCGAUACAUCAGAGGAUUCCGAGGAAUCGUCUCAAAGGCCAAGUAAGAAAGGAAUUCCAACAUACUCUUCUACUAUAGGAGACCCGGACUCCAUCCGCUUGCGCCAGCGAGUCAUAACUUUGGUAAACGGAAUCCUCCUGUUUUCAACGUCCCCACGCUAAUUUUGCAGCUAUCCCGCCUAUCCGUGUUUCUCCCGCUAAAGUUCAUGCCCGUCGGCGAUGUUUACGGUCUCUUCGCAGAGUUCACCGCAGCGCUUCCUAUCGCAUCAUUUUCACUUCUCCUCAAUAUCUCACGAACAUCACCAUUUCCUUCCGAGAUACUGGUCUCCCUCAUACAACGGUUAUGCCGCACCUAUCUUCCUAAAUCUACACCCAAUCCUAGCGACUUUGAGGAUUCUACAAAUGAUCUUCUCAACCAAGAAAUUCUCGAAACAUGUUUUCUACCAUGGUGUCCUAUGACUUCAUCUGUUGAGGAUAAUGCCAAAUAUUCAAUUUUGGUGGAAUAUUUGUUUCGCCUGUUUUUGACUGGUUGUGAAGCAAGUCAUACACCCAAUUUAGACGAUGUGGUUGAAAGGGGAAUUAGCGCAAGGGAGAAGAAAUGCAAGACGGAUGGUAGGCGUAAAGCAGGUGCAAUCAAGAAGGAGGAGGAAGUUGCGAAAAUCUUUCUAGAUGCAAGUUCAAGGAGAUUGAGAAGUUUAGUAGAUUGGGUGCAAGAAUGUAGUUCCCAACAGGGAUAUUAAUAUCAUACGGGAGUCAGGGCCGGAAGCACUGGAUUGGGUUUUAUGAUGGUAAGCAGUCCACUGUUUUUUGGAGUUAUUCAAUGAUACCCUUUGCUGUCGAGAAGCCUGUUAAGGGGAAAUGUAAAUCAAUUUCAAUACAUACAUACGGUAGCUCAUCAGUUCCAAAGUUAGUAUAUGGCGCUCUAAGCAGUAUUACUCGUCACAGAACUGCCCAGCCAAUGGGAGUAAUACUUGCAUUGUUCAUAAAACAAGAGACAAUAGAAAGUGAGCGAGAUUGGCUUCCGCUU